AACAGAACAGAGUUCCGGGAUCGUUGGAAUUUCCGCCCAUAAUAUUCCUUCCGGAUAUAACGCUCAAAAAUAUAAGAUCACAACUAUUUAGGCCUAUCUAUUUAAGUUCGAUCAUACGAACAUUGGAAGAUAUAUGAUGUGAAAACAAGAGUAUCAUUGUCAUAGCCAGGAAUUUUCAAGAGGAUAAACAAAAUGACGUGUGUGACUCAUCGUGGAGAAGGAUCUGACAGAAGCAGAAUUUGAUCAUGAUUAUGUUGCUAAGGAGAUGAUCAAAAGAUCUAAAAAAUGAGUCGUUCAAGUACUCACGGCCCUCCUAUACGUGACAUAAACAAUAUAUGUCAUCAAGCACCGGAGUCACCUGAAAGAAUGAUAGUAGGGGCGGCACUAGGGUAGGUUUAUUUCAAUAGGGGAAAGUGACAGGUGAUAUCAACUCUUUCUAACUGAAAAAGGCAGAAGAAGAAGAAGAAGAAAUAAUUUUAUUUAUACCGAGCCCUCAAGACUCGUAUAUUCUCACUGCCUUCCCCUACUACCCUUCUUACCCCUCCUGUCCUUUUAAAAUGAUUUAGAAGGCAUGAGACAAUAAGGGUCGCUCCCUAGCUCGACCCCUAGAAUCGCGGUCGACAACGUCACAUGAAAGAUGGGGAAACUUCAAGCAGAAAGGAGAUGUUAAUCAUUAACCAACCACUAUCUUAACGCCACAAUGUCAGACUGUAAAAACAAGGGUACAGUGGUAAUUAAAAGAAACAACGCUUGGGAAUCAUGUUGCAUGCACAGUUUCGUUCCAUAGAUCAUUUUGAUUGUUUACUAAUUAAUCGCUUGAAAACGGGUGAAGUUCAGGAUUGUUUCGUGUCAGAUGAUCUAAAUGUUAUUAAGCCACAAGGAUGUGCAAGCAGUUUAGCUGACUAACUAUAGCUAUAACGUGAUAUCAUUGACUUACAUGGAACUGCGGUAUUGUAACUUGAUCCGUGCUGUGGGAUAUCAUCAUAGUUGAGAGGGUAUACUUGUGCUGUCAGUGAUAUUCCUCAUCCCAUGUACUUUCAAUCUCAUCUCUCUGUCUAUCUCUCUGCCUCGAUCAUAACAACGGCAACCACGUACCCCAUAUAUUGUUUUCAUACUGUCGGUUUAUGCGGGUCAAUAUGAGCUAUCGCUUUGUCAUAUCGCCUUGAUGAGGACACUUAUGGUCAAGCAUAUAGAUCAUGUAUGUUGAUUGAUUCUUUACAACAGUCACUAGCCUCGAUCGAGCGAGUUGUGGGAAGAACUCGUACAAAAUAAUACUCUUAUCGGUGAGUCUUGCCAUCUAUUUGAAGAAUGGGUGUUGGGAAUAAGAAGCGCGUCGAGGAUGACGAGGUUCAGGAACACCAGGAGGGACAAGGAAAGAAUUAUGGCAAAGCCCGUCCCCACGACCCAACCUUUAACGGACCAAUAGAGGAUCGUAGCUGUACGGAUAUUAUCUGCUGUCUGAUCUUCCUGGCGUUUCUAGGGGGGCAGGGUUACAUCGCCUAUCUGGCUUUCACGACAGGUGAUCCAAGCACUAUCAUCCACCCUACCGACUCACAGGGUGAGAUCUGCGGGGUGGCACCAGGGAAGACCAACCUGACGAGUCUGUUCUUCUUUGAUUGGUUGGCUUGUUUCUCCUACUCGACUCUCAUCACUCUCCAAUGCGCCACGCCUCAGGUUUGCGUUGAUAGCUGUCCAACAGAGACUUACUCCAUCCCCUCUAAGUAUCCGGUCCAGUGGGCUUCGGGCACACACGAUAAUGUCAAUUGGAAUGACUUCAUCUGCCAGUACGGAGUCGACCCGGAGAACGAGGUCGUCAGUGGAGGACUUACCAUCGCUGAUCUUCUUAAUCAGGAUCUGUGUGCAACGUAUUACGUGCAAAGCAAACCUCUGUUUGGAAGAUGUAUGCCAGACUUCCUUGUGGCAAAUGUGACAGACAUGCCAUCUGAGACACCAAAUGGACGCAACAUCACCCAAGAGAACGUCGAUGUCUUCACCAAGUUCAUCAACUACGUUCAACAGUCUGAGCAGAUACAGAGCGUGGUCGAUGACUUCAAGUCAACGUGGCCAUACAUCGUAGCAGCGCUGGGCAUCGUCGUCCUCGUCUCCUUUUUCAUCCUCAUCCUCAUGAGAUGGUUGAUGGAUAUCGUGGUGUUUGGAUCUAUCGUAUGUCUCUUUGGUUUGCUCGCAUGGGGGAUGUACUAUUGCUACGAUACCUGGCUAUGUUACCGGGAUGGAGAGACAGCAUGCUACUCUAUGCCUAUCAAUGAUCCCUUCAAUCUCUUCAGUUAUCUCCAAUCUGAAAACACUUGGCUCACCUUCGCUAUCAUCUUGACGGUGAUCGCUGCCAUCUUGCUACUACUGUGUUUGGUGUUGUUCAGUCGGUUUCGUCUUGCAGCUAAGAUGCUAGGUGAGGCAAGCGAAGCAGUAGGUAUGAUGAUGAGCACAUUAGCAUGGCCGCUGUUACCAUUUGUCUUUCAGUUUGGCUACGUGGCGUUCUGGGCUUUUGUAGCCGUCUACUUAGCUUCUGCUGGUGUUGCAGUAUUCGAGGUAUCUAAUGCGCCGAGUGGAUCCUCCUUGUCGAAUGGUACGACUUGUGAUCAAAUGACAUUCAAUUCUACACUGUAUGCCCCCGCGACCUGCCAGUUCGUCAGCUAUGGCUUGCCUUCGUACACCAUCUAUCUGCAGAUUUACGGCGUAGUGGGAUUGUGGUGGAUGCUCAACUUUUUCAUUGCUUUAGGGGAAGUAACACUUGCAGGAGCGUUUGCUUCCUACUACUGGGCUUUCACAAAACCCCAGGAUAUCCCAAGCAUCCCGCUGGUCUACUCUUUCUGGCGAGCCAUCCGCUAUCAUCUGGGGUCUAUGGCAUUAGGCGCUCUCAUCAUUACAAUCGUCCAACUUAUCAGAGCGCUCCUUGAACUUAUCGAAGAUAAGACCAAAGAUGCCAGUAACGUUGUGACUAAAUUCAUCUUCUGCUGUUGCAAAUGUGGCUUUUGGUGUCUUGAGAAGUUCCUUCGUUUCAUCAACAAGAAUGCAUACAUCGAGAUUGCCGUCUACGGUCGCAACUUCUGUUCGUCGGCAGCCAGUGCUUUUAAUCUCCUUAUGCGUAACAUCGUCCGUGUAAGCGUCCUCAAUGGCGUCACCGGUUUCAUGCUCUUUCUCUUGAAGUCUUCAAUCGUUGUUGGUAUCUCAGUGGGUGCUUUCUACUUCUUUCAGCUUCAAGUAACAUCGGGAGGUAACACCUUUUACGUUGUACCGGAAAUCAAUAACAUCUGGGUGCCCAUUACCGCUAUCGCAAUAGUGUCUUUCUUCAUCACGACAGCGUUCUUUGGAGUGUAUGACAUGGCCGUCGAUACACUCUUCUUGUCUUUCCUUGAAGACCUAGAGAGGAAUGACGGAUCACCUGAGAAGCCUUACUAUAUGUCGAAGGGUCUCAUGGACUUGGUUGGAAAACACAACAAGAAACAAAAGAAACACAAGGAUGAGUGAAUAUCAAAUCCGAAUUGCCGGAUAAAUCUAAUAAAAAAAGCAUGAAGUCAUGAACGAAUCCAACAUAAAAACUGGAUGAUUAGUCAAUGUUACGGUAUCAAGAAUGCGAUUUGGAUUCGUCGUAAAACAUCAAAUUACGCUCUCAGAUUUUUCAGAAAGACGUUUGUUUUAGUUACGCUUUUAACCUAAAAUUGUCGAGGGAAAAUAUAUAUUUGCGAAAGUGUUUUUCUAAAAGUAAUAAAUGGCUUUAUAGUGAUGAUAGAGCGCUCUGCAUUUGAGCAAUACGUUCAUGUGUAUUGGUGUUGAGGUGAUGGUUUUUUUUUUUUACUUUUCACAAUUGGUUGAUAUAACUUCAGCAAUUAUAUCUUUCUAAUUAGGGGCGGCGCCUAGACUGAGAGGGGAGGCACAAAUUAAGGGUUUGACUAUUCGGUGAUUUUUCAAGCGAGCUUUAAAAAAGAAGACUUAAAAAAAGAAGAGAAAGGGAAGAGAGAAGAAAAAAGAAUAUUGAAAAGAAUAUGUCGUAGAGCUAAUAUGAUAGUCCUAACGUUUCAUUGAAAAAAAGGAAAUAACGUAACCUCAAAGAAUCCACUCCAAGUUAAACCCUGACACAGCACCCGUUUCACUGUAUAAUGCAGUUCAAUUAAUUAUCACUUGCUAAUGCCAGAUGUAUCUUCAUGAUUUAUCGAAUUGUGAAAAAGUACUAAUAAAUUAAAUCAUGUGCAAUGCGUUGAAUAUUCUCACUCAAUACAUAUUUAAGUUUAAAUAAAUCUAUUUCGUCUUGUGUUUCUUUUGCUAUAGGAAAUGUUUUCCUGAAUUGUUUAACAGAAAAUCACAGUAAAUCUUUCAAGUUUCAAUCCGUGUUUCAUGGACAAGGUACGUCUAUUUAAAUAUAUAUUUUAGUAAAAAUGUAGGUUUAGUCUUCCUCCUAUUUCAUAUUGUGAAUGUUUAAAAAUUAAAAAGUGGUAAUGGUCAAGAGAUUUCGGGCUUACAACAAAAUCCACUUUUUUAAAGGGAAAUAUGAUUUAUCAAUAAAAUAACACUCAUCAACGCUUUGAACCUCGUCAAGUUAAGCAAAGUGUAACCUCAGUAUAUUUUGAGAUGUCUUAAAACAUGAUUAAGGUGAAGUCACGUAUUUAGACGGGGGAGAUGUUACAACAUAUCCCCAAACAAUAACAAACAAACAAAACAAAACAAAAAGGAAAACAAAAAUCGAUACGCUGCUUGAAUCUACCGGGAAUUUCCAGAAUUUACUAGUCGAAGACGUUUUUUGCGGGCUAACCGUCAAACUUUCUCUCCAAGCAUGCCGUUUUGUUGACGACGAGCAAUGCAGAAAGUAUUUUGUUAACCGUUCUAUUAAGUAGGCAAUCACCGAAGUUGUUUAAUUUAUGGAAAUGCAUGGUAUGGAAAGGGAACUUUGUUUUACAUUGGUUAUUUAUAUCUUUUGAUUGGCGUAUCAUAACGUAUCUAGGCCUCUCUGCUCUUAAAGUACAGAGAGGCCUUGAUACAUGUACAUUUGAUUUCCUCACUGAAAAAUCCGGAUACUGUUCGCCAAAUGACGUUCAAAUUGUUUUAAUCACUCAAGCGUGAAAGACACACCAAACAAGUUUCACUGUAGAUAAGAGGAGACGCGAAAGCUCUGUAACAUGUCAUUUAUUAAUUGCAUUUAUAAUAAAGUUAUAAUUAUAAAGCAUUAAUUAUUUUUUUGCUGGGACGCACUUUGGAAGCACGUAUUGGUAUUUUCAUUAUUAUACUUAAAGGAAUUAUAUAACCGGAAUUGUGUCUCUGUUUCUUAGUACUCUUGAGAUUUGCACUGCAAAAACUACGGCCAACCACCAGCCCGGAAUAUGACCACACCGGUUUGGAAUCAAACCGAUGCUGUUUUAAUACUAUUUGGUGUUGUAUAAAAACCUCUCUGGUGUUAGACCAAAACCAAACUGCGGUUACUUAAAGGGGUGCUCCGGGCUGAGAAUAUAUAUAUCUAAAUAAAGAGAGUAAAAUUCACAGAGCAAAAAUGCUGAAAGUUUCAUCAAAUAUCGGAUAUCAAAUAACAAAGUUGUUGAAUUUCAAAGUUUAGCAAUAUUUUGUGAAAACAGUUAUGCACGUCGUCAUGAAUAUUCAUUAGGUAGGCUGAUGAUGUCAUAUCCCCACAUUCCUUAUUCUUAUGUUAUUACAUGAAAUCAUAAUUGUUUCAUUUUUUUCAUAACAUGUGUAAAUGAUAUGUCUCCAUUAUGAUGAAAUAAGUUGCAGCAAUAAAUGACUAAUGCACUUAA